AUAGGACAAGGAAGAGGGGAGAUGAAAUCAGGUUGCAAAUCGUCAUCAUGUCAGGAAGGUUGCACUUUGCAAUGCCUCAAAUGUUGUGAUCCAACACAGCUUACUCAAUAUAUAUUCAGCUUAAUUUUUGUAUCUAAAGAGUUGAAAACUCCAUCACUAGAUAGAAGAAGUGAGCUUCUUCAUAUAAAUAUAUUGUUUUAAAGGUUUCUUCUUUGUUUAGUUUCUUGGCUUUGUUUAGAAUGGAUGGAAAGAGGUUGGAAUACAAAGGAGAAGAGGCACUGAAGGAGCUGGAGAGGUUAACAUCCAAGGUUGAUGAAGUUCAGGAGAGUAUCUUGAAGGAUAUCUUGAAAAGAAACAAGGAGACUGUGUACUUAAAGAAGUUCAUGGUGGGAUCUACCAAUGUCUCUGCCUUUAAGUGUCUUGUCCCUGUCGUCACUUACUCCUCCAUCCAUCCUUAUAUCCAGAGAAUCUCUAAUGGCGAAGACUCUUCUCUUUUAUCUUCUCAUCCCAUUACUGAGUUCUUAUGCAGUUCAGGGACUUCCGGUGGAGAGCCAAAACUGAUGCCGUCGAUUGCAGAGGAUCUCGACCGUAGAACCUUCCUAUACAAUCUCAUCAUGCCCAUCAUAAACCAGUACGUCCCUGGCCUGGAUGGGGGCAAGGCUAUGUACCUUUAUUUUGCAAAGGCAGAGCAGUCGACUCCCUCCGGCUUACCGGCCCGGCCGGUUCUCACUAGCUACUACAAGAGCAAACAUUUCAAGUGCCGGUCAGACCCAUUCAACGACUUCACCAGUCCGGACCAGACCAUCCUUUGUACUGAUAGUCGCCAGAGCAUGUACUGCCAGCUCCUCCCCGGUUUACUCCAUCGCCAUCGCGUCCUUCGCCUUGGUGCCAUCUUCGCAUCCGCCUUCCUUAGAGCCAUCAAUUUCCUCGAACGCAAUUGGGUUCAACUCUGCAAUGACAUCCGGUUGGGCCAACUCGACCCAUCCAUAACCGACCCGGGAUGUCGACUUGCAAUAUUGGACGUGUUGACAUCACCGAACCCGGUUCUUGCGGACCAGAUCGAGGCCAUCUGUAGGCGUAAGUCAUGGAAGGGGGUACUGUGUCAGCUCUGGCCCAGGGCCAAGUAUGUUGAGGCUGUGGUUACUGGGUCCAUGGCCCAAUACAUCCCAACCCUUGAUUUCUAUAGUGCAGGAAAGCUACCUCUGGUGUGUACCAUGUACGCGUCCUCCGAGUGCUACUUAGGAGUUAACUUGAAUCCCUUAUGUGACCCUGCUGACGUGGCCUACACGAUCUUGCCCAACUUGGGCUAUUUUGAGUUCAUACCUCUUGGGAACAACGGUUCACUGUUCGCAUACAAAGACGACGAGGAGGUGGAAAGGGAUAAGCUUGUCAACCUGGCGCACGUUAGAAUUGGCUGUUAUUAUGAGAUCGUGGUUACUACUUUUGCCGGGCUAUAUAGGUAUCGUAUCGGAGAUGUACUUCAGGUUACCGGAUUCCACAACAAGGCACCACAAUUCAGGUUCGUUUGCCGGCGAAACGUCGUACUAAGCAUCGACAACGAUAAAACAAGUGAAGAAGACCUUCACAAGAGUGUAACAAUGGCGAAGAAGCUCUUAGAACCAUAUGAAGCAUUGCUUGUAGAGUACACUAGCUGCACUGCUACAUCAACCAUACCAGGACACUACAUAAUGUUUUGGGAGAUUGUAACCCACACAUCGUCCUUGAACGAGUUGACUCAGCUUGAAACUCACUUGUUUGAAGAUUGUUGCAUGGCCAUAGAAGAAUCGUUGGAUUACGUAUACAGGAGAUGCCGUACGUUUGACAGGUCAGUGGGUCCCUUAGAGAUAAGAGUGGUUGAACCGGGAACGUUUGAGUUAUUGAUGGACCUGUGUAUUAACCAGGGAGGUUCAAUAAACCAAUACAAGACCCCAAGGUGCAUCAACUCUAAUACCUCCGCACUUGACCUACUUAACUCUAGGGUUUGUGCUUCCUUCUUUAGCCCUAGGGAUCCUACAUGGAUCCCUUGAGUCUGACCUAUGGACAAGGGACGACCUCUUGUUUCAUAUUCUGUAUUGAAACCAAACCAGAGCUAUGACCACUUUUCUCCUUAUUUUUGUAUGGAAAAAGAUUUUCUAAAUCCAUGGAGGACGCUUCAUCUAACAUCCUAGGGUUCACAAACUCCCUAUGGGGUUUCAGUAUCUUCCCGAAGUACCAUUGCGAUACCCCAAUAUGCAUCUUAAGCCCUACGGUAAAUGAAAAUGGUGUAGGAAAACUUGGUCCUUCUUGUAUUUUGUAACUUGUAAGAGUUUCAUGCCAACUUGAUUAUUUUCUACACUCACUCCUCUUUCUAAAGUUUUUAGUGCAUCUUGUUGUAAUCAAAGAAGUAAAUUGAGGAGUUGAAAGUUGAAACCUUCUUUUGAUAGUCUCUUGACUUUCGAAAUUUAUUUAAAAAUAACUUCCAAGUCA